AUGCCACAUAUCAGUGGCCAUCUGAGCUGCCUUUCAGUGUCACCCAUCAGUGCCAGUCAGUGCCACCUAUCAAUGCCAAUCAGUGCCACCUAUCUGUGUGCAUCAGUGCCGCCUAUCAGUGCCUGUCAGUGCCUCCUAUCAGUGCCCGUCAGUGCCACCUAACAGUGCCAGUCAGUGCCGCCUAUCAGUGCCGCCUAUCAGUGCUGCCUUUCAGUGCCCAUCAGUGAUGCCUGUCAAUGCCCAUCAGUGCCUCCACAUCAGUGUCCAUCAGUGCAGCCUCAUUAGAGCACAUCAGUGAAGGAGAAAAAUCACUUAUUUACAACAUUUUACAACAAAACCUAAGAAAAAACAUUUUUUUUCAAAAUUUUCAGCAGUUUUUGGUUUGUUUA